CCCAUCUCACGAGGAUUUUAAUGAUGGAUAUCCAACCACUAUUGUUUUCAUAUGGUGUGGUCCACCUGAGAUUUAUAUAGCUCUCAUUUUUGGGAUCAAGCCAUAAAAUGAUCCGUAAAAAUGGAUGAACGGAAUGGAUGAAACACAUACAUCAUGAUGGGGCCCACAGAGCACCGACCACCAGCUACGGGGCUGGUGUCAGGGGGAGUAGCCAAUCUGUUUCCCUCUCCCGCUUCCUCUCUCCAUCCCUUCUACUCAAAUCUUUCCAGAGUCCAAUCACCCAGACGACUAAAAGAACAUCUCCGAUUUCUAUCAAAACCCCAUUAGAGCACGAGAUUGAGAGAAUCGUUCUCUAUUUUAAGCCACUCACCUCCGAUUUGAACCGCUGAACGACGCGGGUUGAGUCUUGUAAUUACUGAACAAGAUGGGUUGGUCAUAUCCAGACAUUUCACUGGAAGAUCUCUUGAGUCUUGUAAAAGGCUUUGUAGAUAUCAUAAUUCUCGCUUCUGGUUACCAAUCUUCCGGUCUUCCUGCUGUUUGGGAUGCAGAAAAUAUCAAGAAAGCGAUCCGAUGGGGUCUCUUCUUCGAAGACGUGUUUGGGCGCUUAUGCAGCUUAGAUGAUUACCAAGACUCUGUGAAGGAAUUCAACUCAGCUCUACUGGAACUGAAGGCCAACCCUUAUUUCCCUCAGGGCCUUGCACAUCUGUCUUCUGCAACUCUUACUAAAGCAAGAGAUUUUGUUUUAAGACAUCUGCUCCAACCCCUACGAUUUAGAGAUGCACAUCUCAGUGCUCUUCUGACAGCAGCUAUUGAGACGGAUCUUGACGAACUCAGUAAAAUGGGACAUGAUUGCCUCAAUGUAUAUAUUGACAAGUUGAUGCAGCAGAUAAAAUCACUAAAUCUCAUUCCAGGAAAGAUGAAUUUAGUAAAGGAUUCUAUGACUUCAGAUCCGACGGUUGAUUUCAUGUCCAAAGAUCAAGCUGUGCAUGAUACUGUUAUUAAUCCUAAUGGUCAAAAUGAUGCUGUUAUGGAUCUAAGAGUUCCACUUGUUGUUUCAAAUAUUAAGACCAAUGAAGACAUGAGGGAUCAUUCGAGCUUCAUGAUUGAAGAGCUUUUGCAGAGGCAGACUGCAAUGUCACAUGUAUCUUCAGCUGAGAAAUGUUUGGAUGUCCUUGCAGAGAUUCUCACCAAGAAAACUUGGGUGCGCUAUGACGACAACUCAUCAGAAGAGCCAUUGUGCUCUGCCGUUGUGAAAAAAGAGAAGUUGAUGGGAUUUGAUCUCUGGAACCAGUGGAGAACAAGGAAUCUCUCAUAUUUGCUUGACAAUAAAACUAUUAGAUUGGUCUCGGGUGCCAAGUUGAUCUUUUCUGCCCCCAAAGUUCAAUGGCUUCAAGUGUUCGAGUCAUUGAAAGUGUCAAAUGAAGCUCAAAAUGAUGAUUUGCUUGAAAUAAUCGAGCUCUCAUUAUUAGGUCUCAUUUCAAGAAGAUGGAGUGGUGUAGUUGAAUACUUCAUGUCUGUUUCAUAUGAUAUCGUCCCUAUCUCUAAACAAUAUUAUGAUGUGCACCACUUGCUUGAGGAUAGAUCUGAGCUUCUUCAUUCUAAUGAGCUAACAUUGAAUUCCAAGGAACAUGACAUUCUUGAGUAUGUGACUACAAUGUUGAUUGCUCAACCUCACCAGUUAUGGAAAUUAACUCCAAUCCUUGCAGCGGCAGCAAUUCCUUCAAGGUCAACCUUGUUCCGACUGUAUUUGAGUGAGCUGGGGAAGCAGGUUAAAGGCGAUUCUUCCACCGUCAGAUGCUGCACUUGCACCCAAGAUGGAAAGGAGCACAACAACUGGAAAGGCGGCUUUGGCUUGAGCAGUCUGAUGUGGAGGGCAUGGGGCCUGCCAAAACCAGGAUUAAGCCCCUAUUUAAAUUCUAGUCAUAUAGGUGAAAUUGCUGAAAGGAUUUGGUGCCUCUAUGCCUUCCAUAUUAAAGGUUCCCUCAAAAAUGGUUUAUAACUUUAGAGAUUGUCUUGGAAAUGAGAAGGUUUUCCAUUGAAACCUUGUUCCCCUUUUGUGAAAAAAAGCAGGUUUGGAAAUCCAUUUCCAUUUCCGUUGUUUUACUAAAAAAAAUUGUGGGUAUUGAUGUCCUUAAAGAAAAGCAUGUCAGAAGAUUUCCAAGGUUACAAGAGACAAAUCUCUUUGUUUGACCGUAUUUAAGUGGAAAACUACUCGGAGCCAAACAACAGAAUUAUGGUUGGAAUUCACACUUUUCCAUUUUUCUA